CAUUUCAUUUAUACUAUUUGAAAAAGGUCAAACUGAAUGUAAACGGACAAGAAAGGUGGAUAAGGAUUAAAGGAAAAGGAAUUAAUUUUGGAUUUCGAUGGCGAGCAUACCUUCAGAGAAACAAGAAUUAGAAGAUGAAGAAAGCUUCUCAUACGCUGUUCAACUCAGUAACUCAAUUGUUCUUUCAAUGGCACUUCAAUCUGCUAUUGAACUCGGCGUAUUUGAAGUCUUACAAAAAGCUGGUAGAGAUACUCCUCUUUCAUCCGAUGAGAUCGCUUCACGUCUCUCCUGCACCAAUCCAGAUGCACCUAAAAUGUUAGAUCGCAUUCUUGCUCUUCUUGCCUCUCACUCUGUUCUCAACUGUUCUGUUCAUCCCGAUCAACACAAUCUUGGAUCCUUUCACAGACUCUACGCUAUGACUUCUGUUGCCAAAUUCUUUGCUCCUAAUUCCGAUGGUGUUUCAUUGGGUCCCUUGAUCGCAUUGCAUCAGGAUAAGAUCUACUUACAAAGUUGGUCACAGCUUAAAGAUGCUAUUCGUGAAGGAGGUAUUCCAUUCAACAGGGUUUAUGGCACAAAUGACUUUGAAUAUGCCAGCAUUGACUCCAGGUUUAAUCAAGUUUUCAAUACUGCAAUGAUCAAUCACACCACUAUAGUUAUGAACAAGGUUCUUCAAUCCUACAAAGGUUUUGAAGAUGUCAAGAGGCUUGUGGAUGUUGGUGGAGGUCUUGGUGUCAACAUUAACUUAAUCACUUCAAAACACCCUCAUAUACAUGGUAUCAAUUUCGACUUGCCUCAUGUCAUACAACAUGCCCCUUCCUAUCCUGGAGUCGAACAUGUUGGCGGAGAUAUGUUUGAAACUGUGCCUAAAGCAGAUGCCAUCUUUAUGAAGUGGAUACUUCAUGAUUGGAGUGAUGAACAAUGCUUGAAGCUUUUGAAGAACUGCUAUGAUGCUAUUCCCGAUGAUGGAAAGGUGAUUGUUUUGGAGGCAGUUCUUUCGAUUAUACCAGAGAAUAAUGCUGCUUGGAAGUUUGCGGCCCAAUCAGAUGUUCUAAUGAUGACUCAAAGUCCAGGAGGGAAAGAACGUACUGAGCAAGAAUUCAUGGAUUUAGCAAAUGGAGCUGGAUUUAGUGGCAUUAGAUAUGAAUGUUAUGUCCAUACUUUUUGGGUUAUGGAGUUCUUCAAGUAGAUAUCAUACCCUCCUGUGUUCUGCUCAUUGCGAUUUUUGUUUAUGUUCAUACCAUUUUCGUUGCAAAAUUGACAAAACAAUUGAAGUGUGUAUUACAUUUGUUAUCAUUUCAGUUUAUGAUUACCCCAAUCGUGUGAAUGCUAUAGCCAAUGAAACAUAGUAACUUCGAUA